GCAAUAUAUUAUAUGUUAAUUACAACAAAAGAACACUAUGUUAUGAUAAAGUCUGCAAAAAUGCGGACAGAUCGUGAGACAAAGUAAUCAACGAAAGCGAAUACAAGCAGCACAAACAAAUCAUACUAUUAAGAUGAACGCAGUCGUCUAUAAUAACUGAUUAUAAUGAGCAUGCAAAACCCUAAAAAUAUGGAGGUAAGAAUGAAAUGAAAUGAAGACUUACUUAACCUAAUUCCUAGAUCAAAAACAUCCAAUGUCUACUAGUUUCUAGUAAAAUAGAACAAGAGUGCUAUCGUAACCGCAUUUGGGCAAUAAAAUUACAAGGUUUUAAAAACCACUCCAUAAUCCUUACAUAUCAAGAAGAUAAAGUCAUAUACCAAAAGUAGACACAUCUCCAAAAUCUCCUACACGUACUCCAUCAACAAAUAAUCGUUAUUUACUGUAUUCGUUUAAUGGAGAUUAUGAAAGAAAAGGAACAAAAACAACUCCAAUAUCUAAAUUAUCUACUAGUGCUCUUAUAGACUAUCAUAAAUAAUUAGUGUUGAAAGCAUAAAAAUUGAUAGGUUCCAAUAAGAAAAAAUUAUGA